AUUAAGUUUCUUGUAAAUAAAAUUUCCAUAAAUUUAAUUACAGAAAUAAGUUCUCUAUCAUUUAAUACUUGAACCAAGCUGCAAGAUGGCAUCUAUAAAUAGAACUACGUAGUUCCUUCGAUUCCAUUGCAUAUAUAUCCAACUUUUGUUUAACAAUAAUAAAUAAUAAAUGAGUAAUAUGGCAGCUGAGACAAUUACCGUCUUAAGUAUUGAUGGAGGAGGAGUUAGAGGGAUCAUCCCUGGGGUUAUUCUUGCUUAUCUUGAAUCCAAACUUCAGGAAAUAGCAAAAAAAGAGAAAAUUGAAGAGGAUACGUGGCUUGCAGACUAUUUUGAUGUGAUCUCAGGGACAAGCACAGGUGGUCUCAUCGCCACAAUGAUAUCAACACCCAGCGAUAAUGGCACUCGCCCUUUAUAUGAAGCCAAAGAUAUUGUGCCUUUCUACAAACGGGAAUGCCCAAAUAUCUUCUCAAAUAAAAAUAACGGAUCGUCAGAAGAAGACUAUAAUAGAAUCGAAGUAGAAGCUGAGCAAAUUCCUUAUGGUAAGGUAGGGAAACCAACCUAUGGUACGUAUCUUCAGGGUCUGGCAAAAGAUAUUCUAAAGGAAAAACGUCUGAGCAAUACCCUCACAAAUGUUGUCAUUCCUGCAUUCGACAUCAAGAAAUUUUCACCAGUUAUCUUCUCCUCUUAUGAGGUGAAGAGUGGGAAUAAAGUGUUGGAUGCUAAACUUGCAGAUAUUUGCAUUAGCACCUCAGCAGCACCAACUUACUUGCCAGCGUAUAACUUCGAAAACGAGUCUGAAGAAUUCAACAUGAUUGAUGGAGGCCUUGCUGCAAAUAAUCCAACUGUAGCUGCUAUUACCGAAGCUGUGAAACCAAGAGCAAAGGAUGUUGAGCAGAUCACGUUUCCAGAUCUUCUUGUAAUCUCAUUAGGUACAGGUGUUGAAGGCAUGACAGGGGAAUACAACGCUGAAAUGGUUAACGGUUGGUCGGCUUUUGAGUGGAUACGUCACCCGUUAUGGAGUGGAAAGCGUACACCUAUCAUUGAUUUCUUUAGUAGUGGAAACGCAGAUAUGGUUGAUCACUACUGCACAAUGUUUUUUCAAUACACUAAUAAUGCCCAAAACUUUCUUCGUGUUCAGGAUAAUAACUUGCCAAAGGAGCUUUCUCGGUUGGAUAACGCUAGCACCGACAACAUGGAUAAAUUGGAGAAGUUUGCCCAGACGUUGCUGACAAAGUCUGUUACACGUCUCAAUCUAUCUAGCUUUAGACGUGAUCUAGUGGAAGGAGAAACCUACGAAAAAGCACUCAAUAGGUUUGCAAAAUUGCUUGUUGAUAUAAAGAAAAAGCGAGGUGGUGCAGCAUGACAAUCUUGUAGGAGGCCAUGCCCAAAUAAAAGCCGUGUGAUAUAUAAUAAAAGCUCCACAAGGUCUGCUGUUUGUCGAGUUCAUAAAAAUAAAUAAAUAAAUACUUUCCUCUUAAUGGAAAAGUACAUCAAUAAGAUCAUAUGUGUGGUUUGGUUUAUGGAGUUUCUAGUGAAAGUCAAGUUCUAUCGGGUGUAAUAAAAUACGAUCAUUUAUAUGAUCGUUGAAGUUGUGAUUGUUGUACUGUCAAUAUUAAAGUACGAUCAUUUAUAUGAUCAUAUGUGUGGUUUGGUUUAUGGGUGUAAUAAAGUACGAUCAUGUAUUGUAUCAAAUUGUAUUGAAUGUAUUGUAUUUGUAUUAUAAAAUAUUAUAUAUGUUUGAUUUUAAAUAAUGUUGACGUCUUAUUAUUAAGUUA